CCCCUCCCCCUUUCCCUCCCUUUCUCCUCCUCCUCUUGCUGCUGCGGCCGCUGCCAGACCUCGCCAGUUCAGACCCACGGGGCUGUUCUCCCCUGCGCACUCCCCUCGCAGCCCCGGGCCAGAGCGCAGCGCAGCGGCGCAGAUUCAAUGAUGUGGAAAGUCCUUUUCCUAACUAUGCUGACUCUGGCACUGGUCAAGUCACAGGACAAUGAAGAAACCAUCACAUACACGCAAUGCACUGAUGGAUAUGAGUGGGACCCCAUACGACAGCAGUGCAAAGAUAUUGAUGAAUGUGACAUUGUCCCAGAUGCUUGCAAAGGUGGAAUGAAAUGUGUCAACCACUAUGGAGGAUACCUCUGUCUUCCUAAAACAGCCCAAAUUAUUGUCAAUAAUGAACAACCUCAGCAAGAAACACCAGCAGCUGAAGCAUCCUCAGGUGGCGCCACUGGGGGGAUUUCUGCCAGUAGCAUGGCAGCCAGUGGAGUGGUGCCUGGGGGUGGUUUUGUGGCUAGUGCUGCUGCAGUUGUAGGCCCUGAAGUGCAGACUGGCCGAAAUAACUUUGUCAUCCGACGGAACCCAGCUGACCCUCAGCGCAUUCCCUCCAACCCUUCCCACCGGAUCCCGUGUGCAGCAGGCUAUGAGCAGAGUGAACAUAACGUGUGUCAGGACAUUGAUGAGUGCACUGCAGGGAUGCACAACUGCAGAGCAGACCAAGUGUGCAUCAAUUUACGGGGCUCCUUCACGUGUCAGUGCCCUGCAGGGUACCAGAAGCGGGGAGAGCAGUGUGUAGACAUAGAUGAAUGCGCUGUGCCUCCAUAUUGCCACCAAAGAUGUGUGAACACACCAGGCUCAUUUUAUUGCCAGUGCAGCCCUGGGUUUCUGUUGGCAGCAAACAACUACUCCUGUGUAGAUAUAAAUGAAUGUGAUGCCAGCAACCAAUGUGCUCAGCAGUGCUACAACAUUGUUGGCUCAUUCAUCUGUCAGUGUAAUCAAGGAUAUGAGCUGAGCAGUGACAGGCUCAACUGUGAAGACAUUGAUGAAUGCAGAACCUCAAACUACCUGUGUCAAUACCAAUGUGUCAACGAACCUGGGACAUUCUCGUGUAUGUGCCCCCAGGGAUACCAAGUAGUGGGAGGUAGAACAUGUCAAGAUAUAAACGAAUGUGAAACAACCAAUGAAUGCCGAGAGGAUGAAAUGUGUUGGAAUUAUCAUGGUGGCUUCCGUUGUUAUCCACGAAAUCCUUGUCAAGAUCCCUACAUUCUAACACCAGAUAACCGAUGUGUUUGCCCAGUUUCAAAUGCUAUGUGCCUAGAUCUGCCCCAGUCCAUACUCCACAAAUACAUGAGCAUCAGAUCUGACAGGGCUGUACCAUCAGACAUCUACCAGAUACAGGCCACAAGUGUCUAUACCAACACCAUCAAUACUUUUCGGAUUAAAUCUGGAAAUGAAAACGGAGAGUUCUACCUAAGACAAACAAGUGCUGCAAGUGCAAUGCUUGUGCUGGUGAAGUCACUAACAGGACCAAGGGAAUACAUCGUGGACAUGGAGAUGCUGACAGUCAACAGAAUAGGGACCUUCCGCACCAGCUCAGUGUUAAGAUUGACAAUAAUAGUGGGGCCAUUUUCAUUUUAGCCUUUUAUAAGAGUCUACCACAGGCAUUUAAACCAGCCAAAGAAUAUUGUUACUUUAAAGCACUAUUUUAUUUAUAGAUAUAUCUAGUAUAUCUACAUCUAUAUACUGUACACUCACCAGUAAUUCAAACAAUUACAUGAUGAUAUAAAGUGGGCAUUUAAUCUGUAAAGAUUCAAACUUUGUCUUUAUUACUAUGUGUACAUUAGACAUUAAUCUACUAAAUUGAUCUUCUUCAAGAGAGCUAAGCAUACAUAAUCUGGUGAAAGUUGGAUUCUUUCCUGUAAAAAUGGAGCCAAGCAAUGAUGCUCUUCUGUGGUGCUUGAGGAAACUGACCGCAGCUCCCCUGACAGUCUUACAAGGAAGCAGCCCGCAUAACAUUCAGUGGCAUGCAAGGCCAAGAAUGAGUUUUUUAACUGCUUUGUAAGAAAAUGGAAAGCGUCAAUAAAGAUAUAUUUGUUUAGAAAAUGAGGAACUACAA